CCGACAGCUGCGGCAAGUGCGUCACAGAAUUUGACGCCGCCGGCGGCUGUGCAGCCAUGCGUGCGUAUGCAUCAGUCGACGCGUUGGUCCCUGCGGGGUGCCACCAUUGCGGGGACGAGGCAGCCGUGCACUGCGGAGUCGAGCCCGGCUCGGCCAACAUCCCCGCCGGCUCGGCCAACAUAAGGUACGAGCGCAAGUACUGCUCCGCCGAAGGCGUCCCGAUGUACGAAACCUGUGAGGGCUGCGGAGCCGCCCGCGGCGCGUGCUCUGGCGACUGCACAAACGACGACGGCAAGCACGCCAACUGCAUGGAAAUCUCGUGGGCGGAUGGCGGCGUCUCGACAAAGGCGGAGUGCCGCAACAUGACGCACGUGUCGCUGCACUUUGAUGAGGCCGGGUGCACCGGCAAGCUCAUUAAGGAGCUGGAGGAGCAGGCCGACUGCUACAUGAUCGACCAAGACAGCGGCUCGUACGUGGACGUGUGUCCGGCUUGACCGGAUGCUCCGCCCACUCGCCCGCCCGCCGUGCCGCCGCGCCCGCCGCCUGCCGCGCCCGCCCGCCGCGCCUAGUGUCCCGCCCUCCCUCCACCCACCGCCAGCCAGCCGCUCGCCCAUUCGCCCGCCCGCCGUGCCGCCUCGCACGCCGCCCGCUGCGCCGCCUGCAGUGCCUCUCGCCCCCGGCCCCGCCGGGGCGGGGCGGCGGGCGAUCGGCUG